GUGAAUAAUAAUGAGCUACUACACUUUGAGGUGUGUGAUACUUAUGCUAUAUUAUGGCUUGGCUUAUGUAAUAGCUCAGCAGAUAGAAACCGGUUUCUGCGAAGGAAGAAGCUGCCCAGAAGGUGAAGAACGAGUGGAGCAACAGGAUCCGGAGCUUACACAAGAACCAGUUUAUGCAAGUGGCAUGGAGUGGCGCUCGCAUGGAAAUGACAACGAUGAUCUUGUUUCUAAGCUUAAGCGGAACAAAAUCAUCAAAUCUCGACGAGUGGAGGACGCUAUGAGAAAAGUAGACCGGGGAAACUACUGUAGUAUCUCACCGUAUAUGGAUUCUCCUCAGGCGAUUGGAUAUGGCGUGACAAUUAGUGCUCCUCAUAUGCACGCGCACGCUUUGGAGAUGCUCAAAGACCAUUUGUAUGAAGGGGCUAAGGCUUUGGAUGUGGGUUCAGGUAUGAUACAGAAAUUCUAUCUAAUGCAGUCAGAAUCUUCCAACAAGGGGGUUAUAUUAAAGUAUUAAAGUGUCUUCCUAGAAUUGAAGAGCCAUAGUGAUUUUUUUGUUAGGAAAUUUUUUUCUUUUUUUUCUCAUACCUUGGUGUGGGUUGGGGGUUUAUUCUACACCCCCUUCUCUUAGCUACACCUUUGUACCCUAUCCUUCAUAUCAUAAUGCUUACUCAGCUACUCCUUUACAUGCUGUUUCCAAUGAAGAUGAAGUAAUCUUUCACAAGCAAACUAACAGUGUGGGUAAAUGUUAUGUAGUAGAAAAAGCUAAAUCAAACUACCCUUCUAAGGAAAAAUUUCUAUUGAAUUAUGAAGCAAAUCUGGGGGGUGGGGGUUAAAAGCAACUACUAAAAUCUUUUUCCAUAGAGUCUCAAAAAUUUGAAUGAUGCCAGUAAUUAAGUACUCAGUUUUUAUUUGGAAAAACUUUCUAACAGCAACCAUGUUGAAUUUUUAGAGUAGGGUAAGAUCUGUGACAAAAAGAAAUUUCUAACAAGUGGUGGCUUGGUAAAUGAUAUUAAACUUGCAAUACUAACUGGCUCACUGUAAAUAAGACCCCCUUCAGUCCUUGGGCUGUAUCUGUUGAAAAAUAUUUUAUAUAUCAUUUAAUAAAAUUCUUUGUUUCAGGUAGUGGCUACUUAACUGCAUGUAUGGCAGAGAUGGUAGGAGAGAGUGGAAAAGUGAUUGGUAUUGACCAUAUUCCUGAACUUGUGGAGAUGUCUAAAAAAAAUAUAAAACAACAAAAUUCUGAUCUUAUGACCAGUGGGAGGAUAGUUCUUGUGAUAGGGGAUGGAAGAAGGGGAUAUGCAGAUGGUAGGUAACCAAAAUUAUGGAAACAAAUGUAACAAUAAUGGCUGUAAAUAUAUGGGAUCUGGUAAUUAUGUUGGAUCCAAGUAAACCUUGUCAACUCAGCUGGUAGAGAGCUGCAUGGGUAUCAUAGAGGUCAUGGGUUCAAAUCGCAUAUGGGCCUUAAUUUUUUCAGGCCUUAUUUCAAAUACUAGUUCAGUAGUGUUGAUAACUGUGAGGAUUGAUUCUUUAAAUGUAACAAUAUUUCUGCAUAUGAAACAUUCUCAUGCACCUGCCAAUGUUGACAAUAAGAGUAAUAAGCAAUGGACAAAUUCCAACCUUGUUUUCUAGAGUGAUCCCCUUCUAGAGUUUAUUCAGAUCAAUGAAUUGUCCACACAGAUUUUCCUUGGAUUACUUUUAGAAACAUCCAAUCAUUUAUUUAGUUCCAAAUUUGUCCAUUGCCUCAAAAUGAACUACUUCUCAUUACUUAACAACAGCUGGAGAUAUGUGAAACAACACAGACAAAUGUUUGUGGGUCAGGGGAGAAAGUGGGAGUGGUCAUGAUCUAAACAUUUUGACCCAUAUCUCAUUCAUGGGAUUUUUGCAGCUGCAGUAGCUAGAAGACAGACUUGCCCUAUUGCUUCUGAAUUAAGCAUAUAAAUCAUGAAAAUAAGAGAGAUGAUAACCACCAUAAAAAGCUGUUAAUUUGUAAGCAAAUUCUUCUUGUCAGUACUAUACAAAGUGUAAAGAAACAUUGUGUAGAAUGUGUAUACUGAUGUAAGGGUGUUAAGAUUCAAGGAUUAACUGGAUACAUUUGUUUGAUUCAGAUGCACCAUAUGAUGCAAUUCAUGUGGGUGCUGCAGCUCACCCCAUCCCUGAUGCCCUGUUGGAACAACUGAAGCCUGGAGGCAGGCUUUUUAUACCUGUAGGCCCCAUCAGUGGUGACCAAUGGCUUGAACAGAUUGACAAGGACAAAGAUGGAAAUAUAGUCCGGCAAAAGUUAAUGGGUGUACGAUAUGUACCUUUAACAGACAGAGAACAACAACAUAGACCUUGA